GGUGCCUGGGUGCAUUUUCCCCUUAUAUUUUCAUGGGCUCGCACUAUAUAAACACCUAAACUAGGGUUUUGUUUCUCGUCACAGUUGAGCUGCCCCAGUGAGCGAGCGAGAACGCUUGGAAGCACAGAGCCGCCGCCUCAUCCUCCUCUGCAACUCAACAAUGGCUGAAACCGUCGCUGUCGAAGUUGAUCCCUCCCAAAUCGAGGUCAAGCUCUUCAACAGGUGGAGCUACGACGAUGUUCAGGUUACUGACAUAUCUUUGGCUGAUUACGUCGGAGUGGUGGCAUCGAAGCACGCAACAUAUGUUCCUCACACUGCUGGUAGGUACUCUGUCAAGCGUUUCAGGAAGGCCCAGUGUCCUAUCAUUGAGAGGCUCACCAACUCUCUCAUGAUGCACGGGAGAAACAAUGGAAAGAAAUUGAUGGCUGUCAGGAUUAUCAAGCAUGCUAUGGAAAUCAUUCACUUGCUGACUGACCUCAACCCAAUUCAAGUUAUCGUCGAUGCUGUCAUCAACAGUGGUCCUCGUGAAGAUGCAACCCGAAUUGGGUCUGCUGGAGUUGUUAGGCGUCAAGCUGUUGAUAUUUCUCCCCUUCGCCGUGUUAACCAGGCUAUCUACCUCCUAACAACAGGUGCACGUGAAGCGGCUUUUAGAAACAUAAAGACAAUUGCUGAAUGCUUGGCUGAUGAACUUAUUAACGCAGCAAAAGGUUCAUCCAACAGCUAUGCUAUCAAGAAAAAGGAUGAGAUUGAGCGAGUUGCCAAGGCUAAUCGUUAAACAGCAUUUGGAAGUAGCCGUAGUCAUGAGAAAUAUUUUGAUUUUGCCCAUGUACUUCAUUUAUUAAACUUAACUGUUUUUGAAUCUUGGUGUAAUACUUUUGCUGGUUACUUUUCAGUGUUUUGUUGGUGAAUUCACAUUUUAUGGACAAUUUUUAUAAGAAGUGGCAAUGUUUUUCAAAAA